AUGACUGGCGCACCGGGCCCUGCGAUGCCGGAACCCCGACUUGUUCCAAAUGAAACUCGGCAGGAGCUCGUCCAAUCGCUCCCACGAACAUUGACAUCGUCUGCAUCAUCAUCAUCAUCACCCUUGUACAUCGUCGACCCGUCCAAACACACCAUGAACGGGUCUCUUUUCGACUAUGUCGCUCAAAAAGUUCAUCAAGACAUCAGAAAUCGUCUGGACUGGUCUGAAAUAAUCGUCCGCGGCGCCUACUCCCGGACAGGCCAUUCCCGGCCCAGCGAUUGCGAAAAGGUAUCCAAGACGUUCAACUGGCAGCGGCCCACCGCAACCAUCUUGAAGUCCGUCGCGGAAGGGGAUGACGAAAACGUCAUUGCGCUGGACUGCUUCCCAGGCGGCGACUACAUGCUGCAUUACGCGAGCCUCGUGGCGACCUAUCUGGCCCUGGUCGGACGGGACCCGGGCGUCUUGAGCCUUUCGCGUCCCCCCAAGGCCUCGCUCUGCGCCCGUCUUCUGGAAUCCUCCAACCUGAGGGACCUCGGGCCUGCUGAUGUCGUGCUGGUCGGGUAUGUGGACCGGCUCGACUGGACGCAAGGACGAGAGUGGGUGCGUCGACGGCAGGGAGACCUGGAGACGCGUGAACACGACGCCGCCGUCGCCGGGGAGGUCCACGACCUUUUUGCAUGGCAGAGGCGGACUCUCGACUCGGGCUUGACGGCAGUCUACCUGGCCUGCAAGGUCACAUUCUGGGGAGACAUUGCGGGUCACCUUGUGCGAGCACUGCGGCGGUAUUCAAACAUGAAGUGUCUGCUGUAUCUCGGAAAGGCUGGGUCGCUGAGGCCAGAGGUUGAACCGAAUGAGAUUCUCGUCAGUGGGAACAAGAGCAUACUCAGCAGAGGAGGCGGCGACGACGGCGAGGUCGUGGUUGUGGAGUGGGACAAUGCCCUUGGGCCGGAGCUUGCAGACCCAGAAAUGACGACUGGGCAGUCCGCCGUGGUUCUGAGGGGGGACAUCAUCUCGAUCCCGUCGCCGCUAUGCGAGACUCAAGACUGGCUGGAGCGCCAACGGCAGGUGGCGGACUGGGUGGACUGUGAAGUUGGGCACAUGGCGCUGGCGUGUCGGGAGGCUGAGGCCCAGUUCGGCUAUCUGCAUCUCAUCUCUGACAACGUCGGCAGGGCCCGGAGUGAGAAUCUGGCCUCGGAGUGGAUGGGCUCGGUCAAGUUGAAGAGGAGCUUUUUACUCGCUCGUAUGGAGAGGAUUAUAGAGUCGUUCCUUUCUAGAUAUAACAAAGAAACAACAAUUUAG